UCUAGAUGGAGUGAAUCUCUACCUCUUAUUUUACUAAGCAUACGUUCCACAAUUAAAGAACACCUACAAUGUACUUGCUCGUCUAUGGAAUUAAUUUAACUUUACCGGGGGAGCUAGUGACGCAUAAUGGCAAACCUGUAUGUACGGAUCCCACUUCUUUUUGCGAAAGACUAAUGAGCCAUAUGAAUAACAUUAAGCCUGUUGCACCUCGGGCAGUUGUCUUAAAAGAGCAAGUUAGCAAGCAUCUAGAUACGUGUAAAUUUGUAUUUGUUCGUGUUGACUCCGUAAGACGUCCUCUACAACAUCCUUAUGAAGGACCAUAUGAAGUAUUUGAGAGGCAAACAAAAUAUUUCACAAUCAAUAAGAACGGAAAAAAAGAAACAGUUUCGAUUGACAGGAUAAAACCUGCUCUUAUAGAAUCUGAAACACAUGACAGCCGAAAGCCGUCUAAAGACAACGGCAAUCACACAACGCAGCUUCCAGUGUUUCCAAAUAAUUCUUCAUCAACUCCUACGAAAUCAAUACUUCGUAAAACAGACGGUCCUAAGGUUACAGCUCCCACAAAUUUAAAUCCUUGAUCCGACACUUUACCUACUACGAAAACAACUCGUUCAGGAAGACAUGUACAUUUUCCUAAACGGUAUGUUGAAUUAAUUACUUAAUAUUUAUUCUGUCAUUACCUGUAAUGUGAUUAAAUAUCUAUAUUAACAUAGUUACUAAUAACAUUUUUUUGCAAGCAUUUUUUUCUAAAAAAAUUAUUGUG